CUUUCGCGAAAGGGGCCGCUACCGCCGCUCGUCUCUAUGGUCGAGACGGCCCGCCGCUUCCGCCCGCGGUGCGGAAAACAUGGCGAGCUUCACCAAGGCUGCGCAGCAAUGGGCCACAUUUGCUCGAUCCUGGUACCUUUUAGAUGGAUGGAUGCAACCACCAGGAAAACUUGCAGCCGUUGCAAGUAUCCGGCUGGAGGGAAAGCAUAAGCCGAUAUACCAUGCACUGAGUGACCUUGGAGAUCAUGUCGUCAUAAUUAACACCAGGCAUAUUGCUUUUUCUGGCAACAAAUGGGAGCAGAAGGUGUAUUCCUCACAUACUGGGUACCCUGGUGGCUUCCUGCAACUCACAGCUGCUCAGCUUCAUAAAAAAGAUCCAACCGCAAUUGUAAAACUGGCUAUCUAUGGAAUGCUCCCAAAGAACCUUCACAGAAGAACUAUGAUGGAAAGGCUACAUCUCUUUCCUGAUAAUGUUAUCCCUGAAGACAUUCGUAAGAAUCUGGUACAGGAGCUUCCACAGCCGCGUAAAGUGCCCAAGAAGCUAAAUGAAUAUACACAAGAGGAAAUUGAUGCUUUCCCAAGGAUCUGGACUCCGUAAGUGUGUCAUAAAGUUC